CGUCGCACGCUUGCAGGACACUGACGUAAUCAAAACGAGCCCAGUUGAGUUUUGACAAUUUUCAAAAGGAAUGUUACGUAUCACAAAAUCCAACCAUAGCUAUUCAUCGAUACAGAAAACACGACUCGGAUCCGAAGGAAUAUGAUCUUGCUACAGAGAACUAGGUAGUGGAGAGAACUGUUGAGCCUGCUGCAUUGGGAAAUUGACUCCACAUCAUGUACCUCUGUCUGUCAAUAUGAGGUUCCCAAAGCUAGCUUUCAUCUUUCUGUUUGUGGGAUGCCUGGUGGUCUACCUCACCUAUGUCAAACGUCAUUAUGAUGACUCCAAGCCACCGGUAUCUGACCAGCUGCCUCAAUAUAGGGUGGAUACCCAUAAACAUCCGACCUCAUUUCAGGUGGUCAGUGAAAAUUUCCAGUAUGGUAUAAUGUUUGAUGCUGGAAGCACUGGAACCCGGAUUCACAUUUUCAAAUUUCAGAUGGAGCCAAAUGAAGCUCCAAAAUUAGCCCAUGAGACAUUUAGAGCUAUAAAACCUGGACUGUCUGCAUAUGCUGAUGACCCAGAAAAGAGUAAAGAGGGGCUGUUGGGACUGUUAAAGGUUGCUAAAGACACGGUUCCUGAACCGUUAUGGAGUUCUUCUCCUCUUAUGCUCAGAGCCACGGCAGGCCUCAGACUCCUGCCUGGUGAGAAGGCCACCAUUCUGCUGGACAAGGUGAGGGAGGUGUUUAGCCAAUCCUUGUUCUUCUAUAGACCGGACAGUGUGUCAAUCAUGGAUGGCGCAGACGAAGGGAUGUCAGCUUGGAUUACCAUAAACUUUUUAAUAGGUAGUCUUCAUGGCACUGAUACUCCGACAGUAGGCAUGCUGGAUUUAGGAGGAGGCUCGACCCAGAUCACCUUUGCUCUACAGGAUGAAAAAACCAUCCAGAUCUCACCCAUUGAUUAUGUGACAUCGUUUCAGAUGUUCAACAUCAGUCACGCCCUCUACUCACACAGUUACCUUGGCCUGGGCUUGAUGUCAGCCAGACUUGCUGUGUUGGGAGGGUUUGAAGGACAGCCUUCAGGACCCCAAGAGCUGAUUAGUCCAUGUCUAGCCUCCGAUUACUCUGGACAGUGGGAGCAUGCAGAAGUACUCUAUACUGUGAAAGGCCAGAAAGCAGGGGAGCCCAUCUAUGAGUCUUGCCUUAAAAAAGUGGAAAAGAUGAUCUACAAACGGGUGAGAAAAACAGAGGAAGUAAAAGACAUAGACUUCUACGCAUUCUCUUACUACUACGACAGGGCCGUGGAUCUGGGCCUCAUUGAUGAAAGUAAAGGGGGAACUGUCAGAGUCAGUGAUUACAUUGAAGGCGCCAAAAAAGUGUGCAAUAACAUGUCAGCCGGAGGAAUAAAUGAGACUCCAUUCCUGUGUUUGGAUCUGACCUACAUCUCUGUACUUCUUCAGGAGCUUGACUUCCCGCCUGAUAAAGAGCUGAAGCUGGCAAGACAAAUAAAUAAUGUGGAGACUAGCUGGGCCCUCGGGGCCACUUUCCAGUGCAUAGAGUCACUCCGUAAGCACGGAACGUGCUGAAAACACACACUCACAACGUUGUAAUUUUCCACAACCCAGUAAAGCACUGACUGGUUUUAAUUCUCUGGGAAAAAAUAUCUACAUUGAUUGUAUUUGCCAUUUUGUCAUUGAACUUGUUGAAAAUGUGAGUUUUUAUACAUACCUCUGACUUUCUGAAUGUUUCUUACUUGAGUGUAAAGUUAUGUGUGAAGGUAAAAUGUAUGUACUAGUCUGGGUGUUUACAGCAUGUCAGAAUCAUAUCAAUCAGGGUUAACUAUACAUAACUGAUCAAAAAAAUUAUUUCACUCAAGUUGAAGUUAUUUCAUUUGUAUCUUAUGUUUAAUUAUUUUUUCAGCUUUUAGAUCAGUUUAAUAUAUUACAUAUGUUAAAAAAAUCAUAUACUUAAAUAUUUACUCUCAGAUGGAAAGGGAUUUUUUUUUCUUUUGUUAAGAACAGACCUUAGCUGUUGCAGUCAUGUCCAUGUAUUUUUCUCAGAUGAAACUGUUUGAUGAGGCCAUGUUCUUUACUAUUUAAUGUAUUAAAUAUGUUUAUAUGAAAUGCCAAAAAA